ACAGUUACAGAAACUGCCAAGAUCCGAAAUCAUAAGAUAAUUAUUAUAAUGUAAAAGCCAACUCAGAUGAAAAGAAGCAAAGUGGAUAUUCCACACGUCCAAGAUUCCUCUAAAUCUUAACUUUCUUCUUAGUCAGUUCCUUACUCUUUACUUUAUACGCCAAAGAAAUUAUUUUAUAGACAUUUAUGUGUGUGUAGAUGUGUAUAAAUAAUUGUAAUCAAGACAAGAUAAUAAUUACAGAAGUAUAGAAAGGAAGAAGAUGGAGAUGUUUUUGAAGAAAGAGUACUUAGAUUUGGUUCUUGUCCCAUUUGGAUUAAUCAUAGUUUUGUCUUACCAUCUAUUUCUUCUCUAUAGAAUCCUUUACUUUCCUUACCACACCAUCAUUGGUUUCAUGAACAUAGAUAAAACCAUUUGGGUCGAACGUAUCAUGCAGGCAAAAAAAGAUGAAUUGGGUUGUGCUCUAACUGUUCUUUCGAGCAGCAUAUCAGCUUCAACAUUCAUGGCAUCCAUUGCUUUAACAUUGAGUUCACUUAUCGGCGCAUGGAUUGGAAGCUCACCGGUCAACAUGACCGUUUUUACGGGACAUUUUGUCUAUGGAGACACAAGUUCAAUCACAAUGGUCAUCAAAUACACCUCUCUCCUUGUGUGUUUUCUAGUCGGCUUCUGUUGUUUUGUUCAGUCCACAAGGUGUUUCUUACAUGCGAACUAUCUCAUCACCACUCCUGGCGACGAUAUCCCACCAGAAAUGGUAACGAGAGCCGUUUUGAGAGGUGGAAACUUUUGGUCGCUUGGUCUUAGGACUCUUUACUUGGCCCUUGAUCUAUUGCUGUGGCUUUUUGGACCGAUACCGAUGUUUGUUAACUCGGUUUUGAUGGUUGUUUGUUUGUAUUAUCUCGACACGAACUCGGUGGUUCAGCCUCUUUACCACCGGACAUUCGAGGCGGAGCAAAUUGUCAAGAGAAUGAGAGGUGUUUUGCCUGAUCCGUUGACUUUUAAAUGUAAUUGAAUACAAUAUUAUUUG